AAUGACUGUUGCAUUCAGCCUGGUGCAAAUAGCCUAGAGCACUGCCGCAAAAAUUGACUUAUUUGGUUUGUUUGUCCACGCGCGUCUGAGUUAUAAUGAGUCUAAUAAGUGACCAUGAUUGAGGGGAUUUUGUCAGAGCUCAUUUUCAGUGAAAACCGAAAUGCGCAAUUACAUAGUGCGCCAACAAUUUGUACACUAUGCAUAAUGCGCACAAUAAGUUUGUUCAAUGGACAAGCUGUCAGUGUUAAUUUUUUAAUCUUCAUUUUUUUCUGGCUGCUUUAUAAAGGGUUCCCCAGAAGACAUCGUGUUGGGAGAUGAUAAGAUAUUAAAACUUUCACUGAGCAUAUGUAUGAAUAACCCAGAAUAUUUGAUGCAUUAGCAGUUUACAAGAUUAAAGGAUUAUCUUGCUGGUGGUCAGGAUACCACUGGUCAGUUAUGCACUAUGCGCAGCAGGUGUAAGCAAUUCUUUAAAGUGCCCUAUCUCGCUGCUUAUCUUUAUUAAUAUUAGUAUUAUUAACAGUAGUAGAAUUACCACAGAUAGUCCGAGACUAGUUGGAUUAAUGUCAUGAUAUUGAGUUAAAUCCACCCUUAACCAUUCUUAACACAGAAUACCGACAACAGUUCUUGGUUUUGGGCUAAUCAAUUCUUGUAUUGGAGAUAAUCGCCUCUAUUCCUUUCCCUAAGCUCUGGCAACGAAAAGUGCAUUAGCAUUUUGCCGUGGCGUGUACGUCUAAGUGGCUUAAAAAGUGAUUUGAAGUUGAUUUGUAUAUAAAAGGCGUCCCUUUAACCGGAUUGCCGCUAAUCUGCACCGCAUCGCAUGAGUGUUUCAGGAAAACCUGUUUUUAAGAUCCUUCAAGAGUAUAAGAUCAGGCUAAGCCCAGCAAAGCAGCCCUCAUUAAAUAGCACUAACAAAAGCGCACUUCCUUCAGUUAGCCAUUUGCUUCAAAUCAUCAGAAAAGAGUGCGUUCUCUUUCUUCUCUAUGCAAUGCGUAAUUCUUUCAUGACUUUACGUGUAAGAUGUUUAAGAUCACCUAAAUGCGUUUUUUAUUAUUUGCACAUAAUUCUUUGUGCAAAUGAGACUAUAAAUGUAGGCUUUACAGUCAAAACCUGACAGCAAAAUAUAAUUUGAUUCGUGCCAUGCAUGGCUUUACUGACCAUAUGCGUUCAAGGGAGGUCUGCACUCCAGAUGGUGAACAGUUUUAUCUAACUUUUUCCUAUUUUGGUAUCACAUAUCAAAACUUCUGUCCGAAUAUAUUGAGUUAUUUAUCUUUACCAUAGUUCUUUUUUUUAAUUAUUCGUUUUUGCGCACAUGUCUAUAUGGCACAUGAUGACGAUGAUAAACUAAAACAGUAAUCAAUUACUUCAGUUGUGUCUUUUUUUAUAAAUCCUAUAAAUAUUUUUUGUUUGUUUGCCAAAAUAAUAUUAAGAAUUUUCCGCCCAAAACCAAGAUGUAAAUGAAGUGAUGUAUUCUUUAUUCUAAGUGUGAAAAGGAAGCGUGCGCGGUGCAAAUGGACAUCCACGCAAAUAUUUACGCUAGAGAGGGAGGAGACGCAAUCCACGCACUUAAAAAGGUCAGAUAAGAUGUUUUAUGUUCUCAUCUUACUGUAACUGUCGUGACAGCAUCCACGCAGAAGGUACGGGAGACACACAAGCAGCGUGCGCGCAAACACACCCACUGCAAUGAGAGGGCAUAAAUUCGGCUCAGCUGCAUAUGCAAGACGCCUGGCAGACGGACUGUUUUUUAUUACGAUUCCCGCUGAAUGUAUCUCUGGACGAGGAUUACAAAAUGAUACGUAAUUUAAAACGCGGAUCUUUUCUUCAUCUCCUGUCCUUUAUGCCGGAUUUUGCCUCCUGUAUUCAUUGUGACCAAUGAGAAGAAUUAAGCUAUCCGUCCAUUCAGUUCCACUCAAAAGGCGAGAGGAAAAAAACAGAGGGAGAUGAGAGCAGCAAAUCCCUUUUUAUUCAUCUUGUAGCGUUCAAUAAGUGAACAAUGUGUCGCCUAUCAGUCACCGAGGGGAUCAGAUCUGCGGGACUGUCCCACGCGCUCAGUGUUCACACUGCAGAGCAUCACUAGUAACACAGAGACUGUAAGAGAAGUAGCAGUUGCAUCACACUCAGGACCUUUGCUGUGACUUCUGCACUGAGAGCGCAACACUCGGGCAAAUCUCAUCUCUCAAGAUACAAAGCAAUUAUCUAAAUUUUCUGAAGAAACAUUAUCCUAUAACUGUCAGUGGCACUGGAAUGUGGAGUGAUAUCAUGCGGGUACUGGCGUUGCUUCUCGCAGUUAAAGCGGCGUGUGUUCUGCUCGUGUCCUCACUCACUGGCACAGGCGCAGUCAACAACAGCGGACGAUGGUGGGGCAUUGUGAAUGUGGCAUCCUCAGGCAAUCACCUCACCAACUCCAAAAAUGUGCAGUUGGUACUGGACCCCAGCCUGGCACUGCUUAGCCGCCGUCAGAGGAAACUGAUCCGGCAAAACCCUGGCAUCUUGCACGCCAUUGCUGCAGGCCUGCAUACAGCUAUCAAGGAAUGCAAAUGGCAGUUUCGUAACCGACGCUGGAACUGUCCCACCACCCAGAGCCCCAAUGUCUUUGGCAAAAUUGUCAACCGUGGUUGCCGUGAGACUGCGUUUGUGUUUGCCAUCACGAGUGCCGGCGUCACUCACGCUGUGGCUCGGUCCUGCUCCGAGGGGGCAAUUGAGUCCUGCACCUGUGACUACCGGCGCCGGGGUCCUGGAGGGCCAGACUGGCACUGGGGAGGCUGCAGCGACAAUGUGGAAUUUGGCAGGAUGUUUGGACGAGAGUUUGUGGAUUCCAGUGAGAAGGGCCGAGAUCUCCGUUAUCUGACCAACCUGCAUAACAAUGAGGCGGGGAGAACGACAGUCGCAUCAGAGAUGCAACAGGAAUGCAAGUGUCAUGGCAUGUCUGGGUCCUGCACGGUUCGAACCUGCUGGAUGAGGCUGCCAAGCUUCCGUGUGGUGGGAGACUUUCUGAAGGACCGCUUCGAUGGUGCAUCCCGAGUUGUGUACGCCAACAAAGGCAGCAACCGUGCCUCUCAUCGAGCCGACCCCCGACACCUGGAGCCGGAAAAUCCAGCACACAAGCUCCCGUCUGUUCGGGACUUGGUCUAUUUCGAAAAGUCACCCAACUUCUGUUCUUACAAUGGGAAAACAGGCACACAUGGCACAUCGGGACGCACCUGCAACAGUUCAUCGCCGGCACUGGACGGGUGCGAGCUGCUGUGCUGCGGACGAGGAUACAAGACUCGGACCGAGCAGGUGACGGAAAGAUGCCAUUGUACUUUCCACUGGUGUUGUCACGUGAGCUGCCUCAAUUGCACCAGUACACAGACCGUCCAUCAGUGUCUAUGAGAACAAACUGAGAAAGUGGAGGUGAAAGAAUGGAUUUGAGGUUUUAUAGGAGAAGAGGUGUUCAGCCAAAAAUGAAAAAUUCAUAAUUUACUCACCCAUUUCAUAUCAAACCCGUUGAUAAACUUGUCGCUUAUGCUAUGAAAGUGAAUGGGGACUAAAGCUGUCAGUCCUUAACAUUACAUUCUGUUUAUCACAAGGGAACAUAAGGAUGAGAUAAAAUUUUUCAUUUUUGAGUGAAUAUUUUAAAGGGAUAGCUCAACCAAAACAAACCUGUAAACAUGUUUUGUUCUGCUGAACAGUGUUGGGGGUAACACAUUACAAGUAACGUGCAUUACGUAAUAAUAUUACUUUUCUGAAGUAACGAGUAAAGUAACGCAUUACUUUAUGAAUGUACACAUUAAUAUUUCAGUUACUUUUUUAAAAAAGUAAUGUGAGUUACUUUUUAGUUUAAUUAAUUUGAUAAAAAAUGUACUGAAUUAAAUUGAACGUAGUCAUGUAGAAUUACACACUCUUACUGUGGGUUUACACCAAACGCGUAGCGUGCAAUCGCAUCGCAUUGCCCGCUUUAGAUUACUCGCAGGACUUAACUUCAUGUCAUGCAAAUUUUUCGCUCGAGUUGAAUAUUUUCAACUUGGGCGAAGACACGUUUGAGGUGAAUAGCGCGUGUUUUCACGGCAAACGUGCCCGCCCAUAUUGCGUCAUUCGCAUCGCCCCACGCGAGGACGUCUGAUCGCGUCUUUGCAUUGACUUUGUAUGUAAUCCACUUCCGCAAAUCGUUGAAUUCGCAUCUGGUGUAAACCCACAGUUAUGCGUG